AUGGCCAAGCCGAUAGAAAUAACGUCGGUUGAACAAUUUAACGGUUUCUUAAAGAGCUCGCGUAUUGUAGUGGCAGACUUCUACGCGAACUGGUGCGGGCCGUGUAAGCAAAUUGCACCCUUCUAUGACCAGUUAUCGAAAUCUCUUUCACGCCCAAAAGUUGCGACGUUCGUCAAGGUCAACACGGAAGCCGAGGGAGCCAAGGCAGUCGCAGCCGAAUAUCACGUUACGCAUCUGCCUACCUUUAUAGUGUUCCGCGAUGGGUCUGUUGCUGAGAGGGUCAAAGGCGCCAAUCCGAAGGAGCUCCAGACCAUCGUUGAGAGUUUAAGUCACAACAUCGAGCAUGCUACACAGGGAGAGGGUAGCGGUAGCGGUAGCGGUGGCGUUGGCUCGGGAGGUAUCGCUUGGAGGGGAGCUGACCUGCCCCGAGGUUACACGGACAUCUCAGACACCAUUGACGUGCGAGGACUAGAACUGCUGAACGCUGAUGAAAGCCACUUCUCUGUUCGAACUCUCUUCAAUAAAAACAAACCUUCAGCGUUAUCCAAGGACAAGGUCGUAGACAGUGAGAAGGACUGGGUAGAAAGCGACACGGAUGAGCAGCUGCUUCUCUAUACGCCAUUCAACUCUGCUGUCAAGCUCCACACGAUACAGAUCACUUCUCUACCGCCCACUGACGAUGAGGAUGACGACGACGUACCGAUGAGGCCCAAGACUCUUAAGCUCUUCACGAAUCGACCACACAAUCUGGGGUUUGACGAAGCUGAUGAUAUCGACCCGACUCAGACCAUCGAGAUUGGCGAGAGCGACUGGAACUCUAACGGUACCGCGAGUUUGGGACUACGAUUUGUCCGGUUCCAAAAUAUCACUAGCCUCGUUAUCUUUGUUGUGGACGGCGACGGUGAUAACGAAAAGGUCCGAUUGGACCGAAUAAGAUUUAUUGGCGAGUCUGGCGAGAAAAGGGAAAUGGGGAAACUUGAGAAGAUCGGCGACGAGCAAGGUGAAUAG